GCUAUUUCCACAUGACGUCUAAAAUAAAAUUACAUUCUGCACCUGACAGGCCACUUUAUGUACACCAAGUCCAGUGGAGGGAAGCGCACCAUCCGGCUGAUGUCGGAGACGUUCUUAAACGAAGAAGGAGGAAGUUGCUUCUCCUUCUAUUAUUACAUGCAUGGCAACAAACCGCCUUUCCUCAAGUUCUAUAUUAUGAUAGACGGAGACAAACCCAGCGGCUUAGCAGACUGGGAACACCGCUCGGAGGUUGGAGAAACGUGGCAGAGAGUCGAAAUCCACAUUCAACACCACGAACACCUGCAUUACCUGGUGUUGCAGGCCGACACGCAGGAGACCGAGACGGAUGAGGGACACACGGCUAUCGAUGACCUGUUACUGACUGCUGGGUCGUGUCAAGGAUUAGGAGGUGGGUCUUGUAAUUCUGAAGAUCACGCUAAUGCUGAUGCUGGAAGCAGAAAGACGUCAGACCUCUGUGAAUUCGCCGCCACUGAUCUGGAUGGAGACUUCUGGGCGUGGGGAUGGGGAAAUAAACAAGAUUUGAAUAAUGCUCCGGAAAUUGAUCAUUCGUACGGCUCAAUCGACGGCCAUUAUGUGUACCUAAGCCACCGUACUACCGAAGUAAAGACCGAUGCCUAUCUUACAAGCCUGAUAGGUAGCAGCUCUGGUGCCAUGUGUCUGCAGUUCUAUCACUACAUGCAAGGUCGUGACUCUUGGACCGGCUAUCUAAAAGUGUACGUGAAGAACCCCGGUGUGAACAUCAUAGACAUCAGCCCAGUGUGGAUGGAGAGCGGGCCGAAGGGAGACAGGUGGAUCAUGAGCCGCAUUCCCUUGAACUUCGGAGGACAGUAUCACGUGGUCUUCGUUGGCAACGAAGGUAGAGAGGGCGACAACAGUAUCAUCGCCCUGGACGACGUCGUGAUGUUGCAAAGCGAGUGUCCUGUUGCAGCCACCUGUAGCUUCGAAGACGGCCUCUGUGACUGGCAGAACGAGCUGGGGUAUGACGACCUCGACUGGGUCAUGAACCAGGGAGCGACACCCACGCAGAACACCGGCCCGAAAUACGACCAUACACUGCAGACUGCCUUGGGCCACUAUAUGUACAUUGAAGCAGACGAUGGCAGUCCGAACGACUAUGCUCUGUUAACGUCACCCUUGAUAGCUGCAGGAGAAUACUGUUUCGAGUUCUACUACUAUAUGUACGGCGCUGAUAUAGGAGGAUUGGCAGUCCAGACGGUGGUGAAUGGCGUAGAGAGGACGAGAUUCCAGGCAUUUGGGAAUCAAGGACAGGAAUGGAAACUGGGUAAAGCAACACUCAGAGCAGAGGAAGAGUUUACUGUUCAGCUGAGAGGAGUUUUAGGCAACGGUCCUCUCUCAGACAUGGCCAUCGACGACACCUGGACCACUAACAAGGCUUGUCCUGUUGACCCUGGCCAGUUCUUGUGUUCCGACGGGACGGGAAUAAGCUAUGAUAAAGUGUGUGACUUCAUUGCCGACUGUCCUGGGAAGAAUGACGAAGAUGUCUGCGGUGACUGCACUUUCGAGCUGGGAUCUUGUGGUUGGACAUUCCUCAACACAAACGACAACAUCUGGAAACGAGGUCGGAACAUCACAGAGGACUCGGGUGUCGAUUACGUAUACGACCACACGCUGGGAACAGACGCCGGGUACUUUGUUUACACCAGCGAGCAACCCAGCGACAUCGAGGGUCCUGCUGUGAUGGUCACGAAUCCCCACCACAAUUCACAUCUUCAGUGUGCUAUGGAGUUCUGGUUUAGAGAGAACUCGGUAAUUGAGUCUGGUCGUCACGUGCAUCUUACUGUGAGCGUUAAUAAAGAUGGACAGACCUCUCCAGUCUUCUUCCUUAUCGACAGCAAGAACAGAGACUGGAUGUUUGCAUCAGCCAGGCUUAUGGACUGGCAGGGGGAAUUCUCCGUGCAGAUCGAAGGUCAGAACGACAAUGGCCCAGCUGACCUGACCCUUGAUGACAUCACAUUCAGUGGCUGUGCCUUGCCUGUGUCCUCCGACGAGUGCCUUCCUUAUCAGAUGAAAUGUUCUUGGACAGGAUUGUGUAUUGCACCGGACCUCUUGUGUGAUAAUACGAACGACUGUGGUGACCUAAGUGAUGAACAGAAUUGUGGUUCAUAUCCAAAUAUUUGUGACUUUGAAGAAGAUCAGUUGUGUCUCUGGACUCAAGAACCUGAAAACGAUGACAUUGAUUGGCAGUAUGGGAGUGGUCUGACACCUGUUGGCAGUAGAACUUUCCUGACAGGCCCUCCGGUCGACCACACAACUCGACUCUCAGUUGGUCACUACAUGUACAUCACAAAUCCUUCCUCCCGUAAUGCAGAAGAGGGGAAAGACACUAAAACAUACCGUGCUUGGCUACUCAGCCCUGUUUUGACUGUGGAAGGGGACGAUUCGGUCAACUGCAAACUUCGAUUCCAUUACUACAUGUAUGGAGAACAUGUACAGGAGCUGAAUGUCUACAUCGUAACAGAAUGGAAUGGAGAGAAGAUUCUAGCUUUCAGGAGGACAGGGGAGCAAGGACAGUUUUGGGAUCGUGCAGUUGUACAGGCUUCAGUCAGUGAGGGCAAGCCAUUCCAGUUUAUCAUUGAAGGAGUUACUAGCAAUCUCGAGUUUACGGAUAUUGCUAUUGAUGAUCUCUCAUUCACACAAGUCUGCAAGCAAGUCAAUACUACUCUCCCUAUAGGAUCCACUCCAAUGCCUCCAUAUAAUCCCUGUAGUGAUGAUGAAUUCUAUUGCAGGACAAAGGAUGAGUGCAUUCCAAGUGCAAAUAGAUGUGACUGGAAAGCAGAUUGCAGUAAUAAAGCUGAUGAAGAGAACUGCGGUGAAUGUGAUUUCGAAAAUGGCAUGUGUGAUUGGUCAGACGUUAGUGAAGGCCUCUUCCAGUGGAAACGGAUUGUUGCUAAGUCAAUAAGCGCAUAUGAGCACCCACAUCUAGAUCAUACUUAUGGAGUGCCCGAAGGACACUAUGUGUAUGUUGAGGGAGCAGAAGGUAUAGAGGGUAAGACAGCAGUCAUGGUGAGUCCACCAGUACAACACACAACAGGAUACUACUGUGAAUUGCAUUUUUGGGUGUACGUCAAGCAUGGCAUGAAUGCACACCUAGCUCUGUAUUAUCACAAUGAUUAUGAGAACAAUUACGAAGAACUAUGGUAUGAAGUCAUUGCACCGGCCAGACUUACACCAAGGAAAGCUUACUUUAAGUUGGCUGCAACUCCAGUCUUUGACCAGAGUAGUGACUGGGCUGCCUCUCACUCAGCUCUUGCUAUUGAUGAUAUUGAUUUCUUCAAUUGUAAUGAGCUUCUUCUGGGACUGGAUUGUGAUUUUGAAGAACCUGAAGACUGUAACUGGAGGCAAGAUCAUUCUGCAGAGCGGGAGUGGAAAAUGAGUGACAUAUACCACAAUCAGCUUGGUGACCACACUACGGGCGAGGGCAAGUACAUGUAUGUAGACUUUGUGACUCCAGCAAACAAAGGUGAUAAGGCAAGAAUCUUGAGUACAGCCCAAUCUGAGCCACAUGAUUCAAAGAACGUCUUCUCUAUGUGGUACUACUUCUAUGGCGAAAAUGUUGGAAUAUUCAGAAUUAUACAGAUGCUGCAGAAUACGAAACAAAAUGAAACUCUGUUUGAGCUCAGGGAUUCUCAAGAAGAUCGAUGGAUGUUAUUUGAAAAAAGUCUUGAUCCAAAUGAUGACUUCACCAUUAUCAUUGAAGCAGAGUGGGAGGAGGCAGGUCUGGGAUUAGUGGCGAUAGAUGAUAUAAAAAUGACUUCGAAGCUGAGCCAAGCUUUGUGUGAUUUUGAGGAGGACUUUUGUCAAUGGAAACAGGGUGAAGGAGGCACCACAAUUUGGAAGAGGGACCGGGGCAAGCAUAAUGUGACUGAAAACCCACCUGUAGAUCACUCUACUAAUACUGAAAUGGGAUAUUAUGCUUACCUGAAAAUAAAAGCAAAACCUGAAAGAAGGGGAUUCCUGGAGUCUCCCUUAUAUGAGUCUGUGGGUGUUCAGUGCCUUAGGUUUUGGUAUCAUUUGUUAGGAGAAAAAGUUGGAGAUUUGGCAGUGGCCUUAAAAGACCCAUUAAUAUCAGAUAUGUUUGUUCCUGUUUGGUCUCAUGGAUCCAACACGUUUGAGAUGUGGAGCCUUGGCAUGGUAACUCUCCCAGACCUGCAGAAAUUUGUGGUCAUUACAUGCUUAGCUAAGCUUGAAGGUAAGAAGAAAGGAGACUCUGCCAAGCUGUUUGGUGGUACAGUCCCUGCAAAACUAAAGUGCAUAACUCUGUGGUACUCAAUGCAACACAUAGUUAAUGCAACCCUCAGUGUUAAUUUAGUAGGGCAAGGUGAUGGAGACCCUCUGCUGCAGGUUUAUAACUCUUCCUUAGAAUAUCUGUGGGAAGAAGCAGUAAUAAAUGCAGACAUAACAACAGACACCUAUGAAGUAGCAAUACUUAUCCUUGUUGAUGAAGAUAUAACAUUCUCUAAAUAUGAUGCAGUUACUAUUGAUGAUAUUGCAUUUACUGAGAACUGUCAAGUUAUCACUCUUCCCCCACCCUUAACUACACCUGAACCCACUCAUCUGCCGACGGUAUAUGACUGCGACUUUGAGAAAAAAGACAGCCAAAUCUGCUACUGGGAGCAAGAUAAAGAUGAUGGAUUUGACUGGAGGCACUGGCAGGGGACACCACCUGAUGGUGUGGAGACAGGUCCAGACACUGACCAUACUACCAUGGCAAAGGACGGUCAUUACAUCUAUGCUUUUCCUAAUGAAUAUUCAAAUGAAGUUGCUAGAUUGAUCAGUCCUGAUUUUAAUGUUGGUACUAGUGCUGCAUGUUUAUCUUUCUGGUAUCACAUGCAUGGAUUUGAAGUUGGGAAAUUAACAGUGAAAAUGGAGACAGGCAGUAAUCACAGCAAAGCACUUUGGGAAAGAUCUGGUGAGCAAAGUCGUGAAUGGAUUCAAGGUAAAGUCCAGUUUUCUAAAGGUGACAGUGGCAAGAUGAUAUUAGAAGCACAUGUUAAGUAUGCAGGGCGCGGCAAUAUUGCUAUUGAUGAUAUACUGUUUGAUUUCACUCCAUGUAAGAGCAGUGGACUCUGUGACUUUGAGAAUGGUAUGUGCCAUUUUGAGCAGUCACUAGAAGAUGAAACUGACUGGGAUCUUGUAACAGCAAGUUUAGAUGAGGAGUUAAAUGUCCCCAGCUCAGAUCACUCCACUCAAGAGGCUGAAGGACACUACAUCAGGCUCACAGAUCCAGGAACAUCUAUGAUAUUCACUAAUGAGUUUGAUCCUAAAUAUAGUUGUGUUGAGUUCUGGGUAUAUCUGAAUGGCUAUGAGGGAUACGAUGCAUCAACUCUGACAGUUUACUCUCGCUUGGAUGGGAAUAUCAAUCCAGAACCUCUACUGUACAUUGGAGAUAUCCUUGGACGCAACUGGAACCACUAUGUUUUGCCCGUGUCACUUCCCAAACCUUACUCUCUUGCCUUUGAAGGCACUGUAAGAGGUGGGCAAUACAUAAUUGGCUUAGAUGAUAUACAGCCACGCCUAACAUGUGAGCCAAUGAGUGAGUGUAAUUUUGAAGAAGAUCUAUGCAUGUGGAAGAAUAUUCCAGAAGAUGACUUUGACUGGAUGCUUGGAAGUGGUGAUCAACUCACAAAUGUAAAUGCUCCACCGAUAGAUGUUACACUGGGAUCUCCUUAUGGAAGUUAUGCCUUUGUUGAUACAUAUAGUGCAGUAAAUAAGAACAAUAUAACUAACGGAGUCUUGGAAUCCAACAUUAUGGAAGCAGAAGAUCGAUGUGUUAGUUUUUGGUAUCACAUUCAAAGUUCAGGGUCACCAAGUCUUAUUCUUAGUGUUAGAAAUGUAUAUGAUACACAACUUACUGAUGUAUGGAGUCACAGUGGUACUUUAAUGGCAGACUGGACAUUUGUGCAAGUCAACAUAAGCAGAUACGAGAGAUAUGGCUUAAGAUUGAGUGCUACCUCAGACCAUGGAGAAGUCGGAGUAAUUGCAUUGGAUGAUGUUAAAGUGGAAAGUGGACUUUGUUCAAAUUCGUCACAACCAGACUGUGUGACAAAAUGUGACAACUUGUGUAUACAUGAAGAACAAAUGUGUAAUUUCAUACAGGACUGUAGUCUUGCACAGGAUGAGCGCUUCUGUGGAUACAAUUGCACAUUUGAACAAAAGGGUGCUGACCAAGGACACUGCCAGUGGAAAACCAUUAAUGAAGAUCAUUCAGUGUUCAUAUGGCAACAGCUCUCAGGCACAAUGAAUAAUACCUUCGGACCUCCAUUAGACCAUACAUUACUCUCACCUGAAGGACACUACAUGGCUGUUGUUCCAAUAACAUUCGAGUCCAGAGAGGGAGACCAAGCCAUCCUCCAGAGUCCAACACUCCGAAAUUCUGCAGCUUACUGCCUCAUGCGUUUUUACUAUAUUGUGUAUGGAUCAACUGCAAAUGAUAUUGGAACUUUGAGAGUGGUAUACCAGGUUGAUGACAUAACUGUAGAAGUGGUAAAGUUUACAGGAGACCAGGGUGAUGAGUGGAGGGAAGGCAAAGCAUAUAUUGGAAGAAUAUCAAAAGAAUUCCAUGUAAUGUUUGAAGGAGGUCGUAAUCUAGAAGUGGGUGGUUAUAUAGCUGUAGAUGAUAUUUUGUUUGAAAACUGCUUCCUUCCUACACCACAGGAUCCUGAGGAAUGUACAGAAUAUGGAUGUAUCAAUAUGGCCUGUGUAUCAAUGUUUGAGCGAUGUGACUUUGUUGAUGACUGUGGAGAUUACUCCGAUGAAGACACCGAGUUAGCAGAUUGCUAUAAAUUUUAUGCCAGAUGUGACUUUGAAGAUGGUAAUCUCUGUGAGUGGGGUACUGAAAAUGAGAACAACUGGCUGCUUGGAUCGCCAGACACUCAGGAUAUUAUUCCUCCACGUGAUCAUACAACUAACACAGCUAUGGGAACUUACCUUUACAUUGAAAGCACACAGAGUAAUAUAAAUGCAACAGCUGCCUCUCUUGUAAGUCCUGUCAUGAAAUGGGAGAGAUAUGAGCCUAAUGCUCCUCCAUGCAUAUUGCGUUUCUUCUACUAUAUAGAUGGACCUGCAGUGAACACCCUUAUGGUAUCUAUAAGGAGUACAGUCAAUGGGCCACUUACUACUCAUUUCACAAUAAAAGGGGCUGUGGGUCCUUACUGGGAGAGAGCAGAGGUGUAUGUGCCACCUCAUUACAUAAUGGAUAACCCUGUCCAGUAUGUCAUCAAAGCUGCAACUCUAGAUUAUACAGAAGAACAACGAUCUGUGAUAGCCAUUGAUGAUAUAUCUUUUAGUGAGACCUGCGGUAAAGGAGGUUAUCUGCCCACAGGACCACCUAUUGUCACCACAACUACGUCCAGUCCAUGCAGCAAUGAUUACCAAUGUGAAAAUGGAGCUUGUAUCCCCAUGGACCGUGUUUGCAACUUCAUUAAUGAAUGUAUAGAUAACUCAGAUGAAAGAACGUGUGCUGAGUGUACUUUUGAUGACGGCAUUUGUGGAUGGCAGGAUCAGAGUUAUGGUGCAUAUUUUUGGGCCCGAGAUGAAUCUCCUACUGAGGGUCUUGCAGGCCAAGUCAUGAUUGCUGAAGAAAGGUUUGGUAGCAUUUCACCAUCGGCUGACCUUGUGAGUGUACCCCUAGGCCGGUCUUAUGUAUCAUGUGUUAUGUCUUUCCGCUAUUACAAACAGGGAGGAGAGGAUGGUGGAUCGGCAUUACGUGUCUAUCUGAAAAGCAAUUCAGGAAAUGAGUACACAAUAUGGUCUGUUCUUAGUGAUAUGGGAUCAGAUUGGCAUGAACAGAUUGUUGGAAUAGGCGAACACGAAGCAGGUUGGAGUCUGAAAUUUGAAGCAGAUAACUAUGAAAAGGAGGGACUGAUAAUGAUAGAUAACAUUCACUUCAUUAACUGUUCUGUCCCAGAACCAACAAUAUGCAAACCUGAUGAGUUCAGUUGCUUAAAUGGCAACUGCAUUGAUCACAAUGCUCUUUGUGACUUCAGUGAUGAUUGUGGAGAUAAUACAGAUGAGCUUGGUCUCGUAUGUGAAAAAUAUCCAGAAAGGUGCACAUUUGAAGAGGACUUCUGCAGGUGGGAACAAGAAAGCAGUGAACUCCAGUGGAUUCGCAAGAAUGGCGAUACAUUAGCAGAGGAUGUAGGCCCAGAUUAUGAUCACACAUAUGGAAAUGAUACAGGAUAUUACUUGUAUUUGGAAAGUGCCAUUGGCUCAACAGGAAAAUAUGGCCGAAUAUCUAGCACCUCUUUCUAUCCUUCAGCAGGCGAGUGUAAAUUCAGGUUCUGGUACAUGAUAAGAGCCCAACAGAAUGUCAUCUUAACUGUAUAUGCAGUUGAAACAUCUGUGAAUUCACAGAAGCUACAGAAGGAAAUAUUCCACACAUCAGGGUCUGAGGAGUAUCUAUGGGAAAAAGUGGCUGUCCCUGUUAAUUUUGCACGAUAUUUCAAGAUCAUGUUCGAGGGUAAAGUAGGAGAGGCGAUCACUGGAGACAUUGCCAUUGAUGACAUUUCAUUUUCACAAGAUUGUCAGAUAACCACAUUACCGCCGGGGCAGUGUAAUGAGGACGAGUUUCUGUGUGAAGAUUCCAAGGCAUGUAUAAUGAAGACAAAAGUGUGUGACUUCCGCUACGAUUGUCAAGACGCUAGUGAUGAGGUCAUGUGUCCAUCUUACUGCAAUUUUGAAAUGGAUUCGUGUGGAUGGCAGGAAGCUGUCAAUGAUAGUCUCAACUGGGUAGUAGCAAGGGCUAAUGAUAGCUCCUUUGGAACAGAAAAUGGUGGUCCAUAUGAGGAUGCAACACACCUGAAGGCAGGUCAUUUCCUUCUCCUUUAUAAAACCAAUGAAAAUGUAAAAGAUCAAGAUGGUUAUACUCAUACACACUGGUAUCAGAACUCUGCCCCAUCAUGUCGAUUCAAGUAUUGGUACUACAUGAAUGGAGUCUUAGGAUCUGACGUAGUUCUUCGACUCAACAUUACACCAGAAAUCUUCACAAACUUGACCUUCUUCAACUCAAAUUCUAAUGAAGAUAGAGAAUGGCUGUCUGGUGAGGUUGGUAUAGGUAGACAGAAAUCACCAUUCCAGGUAUCCUUGUACAAGAUUCCAUCCAAUGAUUACUAUGGGAAGUUUGCCAUUGAUGAAGUGAAGUUCGAGAAUGACUGCCACUAUCCUGACCCACAACCAGAUGACUGCGAUUUGGGCUUCCUUUGUCCCAUCACAAAGGUGUGCGUCUCUGUGGAGAACGUGUGUGAUAUGAGCGACGACUGUGGUGAAGGUGAAGACGAGGCGACGGGACAGUGCAAGGAAUACCACAGAUACACACUCGAGGACAAUAGCUGGAAGGAAUGGUUUGAACAAGGGGAGAACGGUGUUGAUGACGAUUUCGACUGGACGUUAUGGAGUGGAAGCACGGAAACUCUGGGCAUGGGCCCCAACUUCGACCAUACAACCUUCAGUCACGUUGGCCACUACUUUUACCUUGAUGCCUCAUUCAUAUACAAUAAGGUAGCCUGGCUGAGGACCAAGCCAAUGAAAACUAAAUCUACAUGUUUCUUCAGUUUCUAUACCCACAUGUAUGGUGAAGAAAUAGGAUCUCUCUCAAUAUUACUAAAGGACGCUUCUUCGGCAACAAACCUGCUUAUGAACAUGACCGGCUCGCAAGGCAACGUGUGGCGGAAGGUCUCUUUCAUGGUAGAAGCAAGUUCCGUGGGAGAGGAAUUCCAGUUAAUCAUCGAGGGGCGUGUGGGUGAAAAGGUUCUCGGCGACAUCGCUAUUGACGAUUUCGUGUUUACGCCGGAGCGCAGCCUCGUCAACCCUCCGCCUCGGAAUUGCACUGCCAGUGAGUACCGUUGCAAAAGCGGCACGUGUUUGCCAAUGACCAGCAGGUGCAACUUCGUGGUCGAAUGCCCGGAUGGAGACACUUCCGACGAGGAUGGGUGUGUACCUCCAAAGUGCAAUUUCGAGGGUCGAGAUAUUUGCAACUGGGAGGUGAAAUCGAACGACCAUAACACGCCGGAGAGAAAAGUUGUAUUCACCUGGGAGUUCUUACGCGGAGUAGAAGUCGCUAACGACCCCGACCAGGCGCUCUACCAACCCCCGAUGGACCACACGCACGCAGACGCAGACAGCUACUAUAUGUUUACCUCGACCGAGAAGGGGGAAUACGAAGAUUCAACAGACCUUAUUAUGUCUAUCCCCAUAGGUGAGUCUGGUACCACUUGUCGUCUUCGCGUAUGGUACUGGCUCUACGGUGCCACCCCUGGCUCUCUCCAUGUGACACUUGUGUCAGAGUCAGAAGAGGUCAUAGAAAAAUGGAUGACGGAUGGAAAUCAUGAAAAGACUUGGAAUGUGGUUGAGGUGCCUCUUGGCCAUGUCGUGGACCAGAGAGUCUCCAUCACGGCAAAACGUGGCCUGGUCUACGAGGGGGCGGGGGCAGUGGAUGACCUGGAGUUCGUUGACUGCGCACCGCCCGUUCCUCCUCCUUCAGGCUUGUCGUGUUCCGAGCUGUCCCGGUAUGAGUGCAACACGGGCGCCUGCAUCGACGACGGUCUCAUAUGUGACUACAGCGACGAUUGCCUUGACCUCUCUGACGAACUCGGGGCUCUUUGUGCAUCGUAUAAGUACCGCUGUGACUUCGAACAUGGACUCUGCCCUCACUGGACGGAAGAGAUCGUUGAUAAUGCGGACUGGAUACUCCUGAAGGCUUCGGCAGAUCCGCUGGGUACUCUGCCAGAUGGGGAUCAUACCCACUCCACGAGUGAUGGACAUUACUUGGUAUUCAAUGGCCUCCCUACAAAGGAAUCGACAGAGCUGAUAGCGCAGCUUCACUCCCCGGUCAUUCGUGGAACAUCUGCAAAAUGCUCAUUCAGGUUCUGGUAUCAAGUAAGAGGACCAAAUCCAGGAACCAUUAAAGUGUACAGGCGGUAUAGUUAUUACGAGGAUGGCUUGACUCUUAUUAAGGAAAUGGACACGUCUGUUAAGAAUAUCUGGUUAAGGGCAGAUUUUAGAGUUCACAAUGCGACCGAGAAUAAGAAUUAUCAGAUCGUCCUCGAAGGCAGGGCGAGUCAGGACUACAUAGGCAGUCUCGCUGUCGACGAUUUCUCGAUGACGCCCCAGUGCGAGGAAUCUCUCAACCAGAAUCUUCCCGGAGGAGACCACCUCACGACGCCUGCGCCCAUCUGCACGCCGGGACAGCUGGCUUGUGAUAAUGGCCAGUGCUACAAUCCGGCCGUGGCUUGCAACUUCCUGGAUGACUGCGGAGAUGGCACGGAUGAGCGCGGAUGCACCAAGAGCUGCGACUUCGAGACGGAGGGCGACCUGUGCGGCUGGUUCGAGAGCCAGGCGGUGUCUGUCCACUGGCACCGCGGAGGCUUCCCUGCGAACCCCCCCGGACCUGAGAACGACCAUGCGCAUGGCACUCAUUCGCAUGAUCUGGCGUCUUUCAAGUCAGGGGGCUCUGCCGGUCAGCUAGCGAUCUUAGAGUCUCACACCUUUUCCUCGGCCAGCCGGAGUUGCGUGCUGUCGUUCUGGCAUUACCUCGCCACGACAGGCUCGGCCCCAGUGUUCCUUGGGCUCUUUAGGAAGACGGAGCAAGAUACGGCCAACGGCAAACCACCAGAGCAGCUGUGGAGCGGAUCUUCCGACACGAGCGGAUGGAAGCACCAGUUCAUCAGCCUGAAAGGAAAACGGGAUUUCACUUUGCAGUUUCAGGCUGUACACGAGGAUGGGGAUACGCACAUCGCUAUCGACGACAUCAGAUUCGAGGACUGCGCCCCCCACGUCAACGAAUGCCAGAGUGAGAUCGACUUUGCUUGCAACGAUGGCUCCUGCAUCGCGAGGCAGCACCGGUGUGAUGCGCUGUAUGACUGCCUUGACAAGAGUGAUGAGUUCCAGUGUCCUGAUGUUAAGGGUAAUUGCAACUUCGACUCAAUGACGUGGCUGAGCGAGUGUGCCUACAAGCAACGGGAAGACGAUGACCUCGACUGGUUACAAGCCAGCUCUUCCGGGAUGGUUGAUGUCGGCCCAGGCCACGACCAUACUUUGGGGUCCAAUGGACACUAUUUGUACGUCACUAACUUUGGAGGCGUUCAAGGGCUGCUUGCAUCAUUAAUGCCAGACCAGAAGUACCCUGCUUCAAAGGGUGUGUGUUACAUCCGCUUCUGGUACUUUAUGUACACAAGCCAUCAGGUUGCAGAAAAUGUGGAUCUAGGAACACUCAGAGUAUAUUUAGAAAACAACGCCGGCGAGAGGCUGGUGGUGUCCAUCCGAAGUGGCAACCAAAAGAACUACUGGUUGGAAGAAAUCCUCCUGGUGGAAGCGGACGAGGAUUUCCACGUCGUCUUUGAGGCUGAAACUGGCACUUCUGAAGACACCUACAUCGCUCUUGACGACGUUUCGUUCACACCCGAAUGCGAGACGGGCGUCGGUCCCCCGCCCACGAACACGACGUGUCCGACGGGCGAGCUCCCUUGCAACGUGGGCGGAUGCGUUCCUGCGGAUUUCUUCUGCGACUGCUUCUACGACUGUGUGGAUGGGUCGGAUGAGUUUGGAUGCACCCAGAGCCCGUGCUCCACCAUUGGCACGCGCCCACCUGGUCCGGAUCAGUGCAAAGCCACGGAAAUUUCGUGUGAGGACAAUGGCAACACAUGUCUUCCCGCACUUCUCCUGUGUGAUGGCAUUGACGACUGCCCCGGAGCUACGGAUGAACGCAAUUGCCCGGACAAAACACCUUGCGACCCUGGUUUCUUCUACUGCGCCGACUACUUCAUGCAAGAACACCCUUGCUUGCCUGUCGAGGAUCUGUGCGACGGCCGCGUGAAGUGUCGCAGUCACUCCGCCGACGAGUCCUUGUGUGGAGAGUGUCCUACAAGUUACUGCCAGAACGGUGGCCAGUGUAGCUAUACUGACGGGCCGCCGCAGUGCGACUGUCCUGGGCAGUACACAGGAGAUCGCUGCGAGUUGCUUGCAGGCACAGAUAUCCCGACGUCCUCAACUAUUUCCCCUGGAGCCUCCGGAGGUCUGAGUCCUGGGGCUAUUGUAGGGAUAGUCCUAGGGGUCCUUGCCGUCCUUAUCUGUCUUGCCCUUGGUGGCUAUUACUUCUGGAAGAAGAAGCAGUACUCAUCCUCGCCGCCGGUCCAGAGCGACUGGGACAACCCCCGCAACCAGCCCUACUUCGGCCUGGACAUCCCCCUCCCAACCGCCGACGAAUACCCACUCGAAGAUCUCUCGAGUUCGAGCGCCACGGGAGUGUCGAAUCCGUCGUUCCUCGCAGACCAUGAAAACCCGGUGUCUGAUUUAUGAGAUCCUGAAGACUUAGUGAAGAGAAAGAGAGAAACAAUUUAAAUUUGAUGUGCGAAAGGAAGCAUGAAAAGUUUUCUGAUUUAUAAAACUUUUAUGCGAAUAAAAACAUGAAAAGUUUUCUGAUUUAUAAAACUUUUUUUUUUUCGAAAAUAGAAGAAUAACAGAACAUUGAAAUGCUUUCUGACUGAUAAAUUGGUAAUUUUUAAAAACUUAUAAAAAGGACAAGAUGUAAUUUUUUUUUUAAGGUAGAGAUCCAUUCUCUGCAAUUAAUACCUUUGAUGAAUUGUGAAACUGGCUCUCCGCUUUUAUGAAUUUUGCUAUUGUCAGAGAAAACUAAAACAAGACAAGUUUUUUUUCUCUCUUAACGACUGUUUCUCUCUGAUAAUUAGAUCUGAUAAAUAAUUCCGUUGUAUAUAGAUCUGCUUACACCAUUAUGUACGUUAAAGUUAACAUAUCUGACGUUUAGAUUUGUUUUUGCUUUUUUUUAUACUCAAAGAUAUCUCAGGUUCUUUCUUUACAUAUAGAGAAUCUUCGUAGAGAGAUAUGUAUGUACAAAUGUUCAAUGCGAUAUUCUUUGCACUGUAAGUAAUAUAUGUAUUGUGUCUUUAUAAAUGAAAAGGAUAAU